AUUCGGGUCAGUAUAAUAAGCGCCUGCUUGAUUCUGGUGGUCACGGUCACGAUCCAUCGGAUCCAUCUAUGGACGCUUGAAUGCGGUUGUCGGGGUAUAUUGAGUUAGGCGGUUGUAGCGUUUAGAAGCCUCGGAUAGAGUCGGGCAGCUCUGAAUACUGCCUAACAGCGUCUGGCAGAGUCUGGCAGCGUCGCGGCGGCAGUCCGCUGGGACUCCGUGGUCGUUACCGGGGCAUCAGGGUCGCCGAGAGCGGCUCAAUUCUCGUCGGCUUUUGUGUGCCAGCGGUGCUGAGUUAGUGCGCCUCUUUCCGGACCGUAUCGCGACAAAUGUGGCGCGCUGCAGGGCGGCCGCCGUCUGUGCCUUAGAUGCCACCGUCUCCACCACCGUCGCUGCCGCCAUUUGCUCUGCGCUGACGACAUCGCCACCGUCAUCGCCGCCACCAUCGUCGCCCUGAACGGCCUCGCCUGCUGGCAACAACGACAGAAACGCCGACGACAACGCCGCUGACCCGAAGGCAGAAUGGCCAAAGUCGCGACCUCAAUCGACUGGCAAGCGGUGCGGAAAACGAGGCACCUCAAGCGGAAGAUGAAACCGCCCAAAAUCAGCAAGGCCGUCAAGUACGGCCUGGCAUUCUUCAACGGGGUGUUCUGGAUACUGAGUUUGCUGCUCAUUGUGGCUGGGUAUUACUCAAUCACGUCUGCAGAUACGGCUGCCAUCAAAACCACCAACGUGUUUGCGCUGGUGCUGAACAUCUCUGUCCUUUUGCUGCUGAUCGGAGUGGUGAUGUUUGUGAUCAGUCUAGCGGGGAUCCUCGGCACUCUCCGAGAGAACCUUCCGCUUCUGCAGUUUUAUCGCGCCUGCAUCGUCCUUUUCCUUGGUCUCGAGUUCUGCCUGAUGAUAUUCUGCUUCAGCUUCGGCAGCUACAUCAGCGGCGUCGUCAACAGAGAUCUCCCGCAGAAUACGGUGGCCACCUACCGCGACGACGCCAACAUGCAGAACCUCUUGGACUUCCUGCAGCGUCACUUCCACUGUUGCGGCGUCUCGGUGGCGGGCUACCUCGACUGGUCUGCCAACGCCUACUUCAACUGCUCUCCCUCCAACCCCAGUGUGGAGCGGUGCAGCGUCCCCUGGUCGUGCUGCCUGCACCCGGACAACACGCCGAUACGGGACACCACCUGCGGCAGGGGCGUCCAGAAGCUGACCGCCGUCGCCGCCAACGAGAAGGUGCACACGGACGGCUGUGUGUCCGCCGUGGUCAGCUCCAUCGAGGAGCACGGUCACAUCGUCGGCGCCUCGUGCAUCGCCGUGGGGUUCGCCCAGGGAGCGGCGCUGUACCAGGCGACGCGCAUCAGUGUGCUGCUGGAGAGGAUGUCCCAGAAGAAGAGGAAGGCGGUGAAGGAGGCGCCGCUGUUCAGUGUGGCGCGACUGGUGUUGCUGGUCGGCCUGCUGACCGGAUCCCAGUCGGCCGCAGAAGAACCGGACGAAGAGGAGGGAGGAAAGCGGAGGAAGAGAAAGAGAAGGAACGAUGAGGAUGGCGAUGAUAAGCGGGCGAAGAAGAGGAGGAAGAAGGAUGAAAGAGACAGACGGCAGAAUGCUAAAGGGAGGAAUGUUUUGGAACAGGGUGACGUUGCUAGUGCAGAAGAUGAAAGCGAUGGCUCGUCAUCGUCGUCUGAUUCUGAUAGUUGACAUACUUGGUCAUCACAUGGUCAUUUGAAUAGAAGUAGAACAAAGAUUCACAAGACAAAAGCGGAAUAAGGGUCAUUAGCACUUCAACCAAGGGAGUCGGCUUUUGCACUUGUCAUAUGGAGCAAACGCAAAGAACUGUUUUGUACCAGGUACUGGCGUUGAAGGUAAUGCGUCUGGCCGCUAAGGCCAUCGUAUGCAACAUGAACGGCGUCUGGAUGAACAUGUUCCUGUUAUUGAGCUUGCCUGACCUGAAUCAUUUAGUUCAUUUAUUCACUGG